UACACUGUCUGUCUCUCACCACAUCUGCAUCUGACCUCUCUCAGUCAUGGGGCUUUACCACAUAGAGUUUGAGAAGGCUGGCCAGCGCUGCGGUCUACAGAUCUGGAGAAUUGAAAAGAUGGAACUGGUCCCUGUGCCUGAAAACUUACACGGGAGCUUCUAUAUAGGUGAUGCCUACCUGGUGCUCCACACUAUCAGACAGAAGAACUCGUGCUUCUAUCAUCUGCAUUACUGGCUGGGUAAGGAUUGUACCCAGGAUGAAAGUACAGCAGCAGCCAUCUUUACCAUUCAGAUGGAUGACUACCUGAGGGGAAAACCGGUCCAGUACCGUGAAAUCCAGGGUUUUGAGUCCACCAAAUUCACCGGCUACUUCAAAGGCGGGAUCACAUAUAAGAACGGAGGUGUGGCAUCAGGAUUUCAUCACGUGGUCACUAACGAUCUUAGUGCCCGCCGACUCUUCCACAUCAAGGGCAGACGCACUGUCCGGGCCACAGAAGUGCCUCUCGCCUGGGCCAGUUUCAACAACGGUGACUGCUUCAUAGCUGAUCUGGGAGCG